CGGCGGCGGCGGCGGCGGCGGCGGCGGAGGAGGAGGAGGAGGCGCCGCCCCCUUGGCGAGCUCCCCGACCCGGCGGCCUCGGAAGGACCCAUGGCGGAUUCCUCGCCUGCACUGUCCCUGCGGGAAGGCGGCCCGCGCGCGCCGCGGCCCUCGGCCCCCUCGCCGCCGCCGCGCUCGCGCUCCGGCUCUGAGUCCGAGGAGGCCGAGCUGUCGCUGAGCCUGGCCCGCACCAAGACCCGCUCGUACGGCAGCACCGCCAGCGUGCGGGCGCCGCUGGGCGCCGGCGUCAUCGAGCGCCAUGUGGAGCACCGGGUCCGCGCGGGCGACACGCUGCAGGGCAUCGCGCUCAAGUACGGUGUCACGAUGGAGCAGAUUAAAAGGGCCAAUAAACUGUUUACCAAUGAUUGUAUAUUUCUGAAGAAAACUUUGAACAUCCCAGUUAUAUCAGAGAAGCCUUUGUUGUUUAAUGGACUUAACUCCAUUGAUUCUCCAGAAAAUGAAACUGUUGAUAACAGUUUUUCUCAGGAAGAGGAGCCAGUGGUGGCCGGGGAAGACCUCCCUCCUCCCAGUCCUCAAGAAUCUGAUGUUCAGCCUGUGCAGCCUGAGGAAGUGUCAGCCAGAGAUUUCCUGCAGAGACUUGACUUGCAGAUUAAGUUAUCAACACAGGCAGCCAAGAAGCUAAAAGAAGAGAGCAGAGAUGAAGAAAGUCCCUAUGCAACUUCCCUCUAUCACAGUUAGGUGAUUUGGGGGCAUAACUCUAACCAAAAUUAAGAUAUGUUUGGACCAUAAGGAAUCCAACAACUGAAGAUUCAAAAACAUCCCUUCUGGAUUCCUAUAGUGUCCAUCUUAAAAUCAUAACUAGGUAGUUCUACCUGCUGCAAUUGCACUGAAGUGAUUAGUUCCCUCUGGCUUUCUAUAAUUUUAAGUCUUUAUUAUGGCAUGAUGGCAAGGUUGUAUCCUAAAGCUCAUCACUUUUGUAGGUGGUGUUAGUUUUUAGACUAGCUUUUAUAAAUACUAAUUGACAUAAAGCAUCAAAGACUAUUUAUAUAUUUAGGCUAAAGAUAAUGUUUAUCUCCUUAUGCAAUCCUGAUUAUGUGAAAAUAUGGUUGCUGUUUAAGUGAUGCUGAAUUUGCUGUGCGUUUAUAACUUAAGUGCUAUAUAUAUAUUUCGAUAUGUCUUACAUAUUCUCUAUUAAUAUAAAGAACCAAAUUUUGUCUGCUAUUUUGUAAAAAUAAGCUACAAAAGCCUGAAUGAGAAAAUAAACUAUGUUUUCAAACUUGA